GUCAGGAAUGUUAUGUUUGACAUUAUUUAUGAAUUUCAUUUCACCAUAAAUUCAACCAUUUUUACAAACGAUAGUAAAAUUGCAGGUCGAAUAGUAGACUAUUAUGGCGAAGAAGUGGACAACCGCUGGAGCAACGAAACGAACAAACAUUUCGAAACUAAAACCGGGUGUUUCUUGGAGCAAUACGCUAAUUAUACUACUCGUAAUGGAAAGAAGAUGAAUGUUAAUAAAACGCAUUCCCACGAUAAAGCUGACAACCUUGGUUAUGAACUAGCUUAUCUGGCUUAUCAAUCUUGGGUUAAAGAUAACGGAAGGGAGCCAAUGCUGCCCGGAUUGAAAUACACACAAAAUCAGUUAUUCUGGAUAAGUGCAGCUAGUGUGUUCUGCGCAAAAAUGUCACUAGAUUCUGAGAUAAAUUAUGUAAAUGAAAGUGUGGACAGUCUACCACAGUUCAGAGUGAUAGGAUCAAUGUCCAACAUUCCAGAGUUUUCAAAAGACUUCAACUGCCCUCCAAAUUCAGCUAUGAAUCCAAGAGAAAAGUGCCGAGUUUUUUGAUAUAACUGACCAAAUUCGUAUUUCAGAAAUAGGUACUGUUCUGCUAUCGGGGGACAGGAGUCCUCGCCACAUUUUCUGCUAAUUUCACCAAGAGAUUGAUUCACAUGAAUUCGCCAAUAUUUACAUAUUAAAAAAGUAAAAGAAUGCGGCUCAAGAUUGGCAACGAGAAUAAAAUUUCUAAAGAUUUCUGCUUUUAUUAUUCUUGUAUUUACCAUGGAUUUAAAAAUUUGGUACAUACCUAAUGAUGAAACAUGUCCCAUAUAGUUUCUUCAGAAACAAGGAAUAUAAUAAGUUUAAUUUCGUCGAUCCCGAUACUAAUUAGUUUACUGUUGCUAUUCAUGCACCAGAACUCGGGUAUUACAUAUAAAAUGGUUUAAAUAAUAGAAAAAUCUAUAAGCAUUUUUAUGGUUAUUAUUUUAUGUAUUAGUUUUUGAUUAAAUAAACCGCUGAAACUUUUUCUUGAUUUUUAAUAAUUUAUAAUUUAAAUCUAACAAUGAUUAGUGUUACCUUCGCAAACAGUACAAAAACAAAUUUACAAAGCAUUUGCUUUAGACUGAGUCGACGUAAG